CGAUUUCUCUUAGACUGGGAUUUUUCUUGCUUGGGUUGGAGCGAAAUUCAGGAAAUUUCGAUUCCUCAUUUCUGGGUUUUCUCUGUUAGAUCGUCCCUGGAGAAACCCAUCUCGAAUUUCCAUGAUUUCAUCCAAAAAUCUACACAAGCCUCUUUCUUUGAGCCAAAUUCCAUGAAAAAUCAAGAGAAUCUUGGGUUUCCAUGAUUUCAUCCAAAACCCAAAACAAAAUCCUCUGGUUUUGAGCUAAAAUCCAUGAAAAUCAAGAGAAUUUCAAAUUACCUUUGACGGGUUUUCCUCUUCAUGGAUUUCUCCACCCAUGGAUCACUACAAGAUCCUCGGAUUGAGCCGAAACGCGACGAAAGACGAGAUCAAAGAAGCUUUCAGGAAUUUAGCCUUGAAAUUCCACCCAGACAAGCACUCGCAGUCCUCGAAAGAGGUUAGAGAUGGAGCUACUGUUAGAUUCAAGCAGGUUUCGGAGGCCUACGAAGUGCUUAUUGACGAUCGGAAGCGGGCCGACUACAAUCUGCGGUCUGGAUCUUUUAAUGGACGUGGUGGAUUUUCAGGAGGAGGAAACAGCCGCAGUGGCGGGUAUGGUUACAGUAGGAAUGCUUAUAGGCCGAAAGAAAGGGCCGGUUUCAAUUUCGAUAUCUUGCUUCGGUUCGUGACGAGACGUGGGUUUCUUCUCAAUCUUGCAUUCGGCGGUGUUAUAUUAGGUGGGGCAGUUGCUAUUGAAAGAAGCGGCGAGGCGAUCUGGAAGAUGCAAAAUUCGGGGAAAUCAUUUGAAGAAGCCAUGGAAUCCAUAGAAAAGAUCAAAGCACAGAAAAAGAAGAACUAAAGAGUCUUUAUUUCAUUUUCAAACCUUCUCAAUGGCUAAGCAUUAUAUAGAAAUUAAUGUCCACAUAGAUUGGGUUUGUAUAUUAUUACAAUAGUAAGUAUAUAUUUCUCAAAAUUUAAAAUUAAAAUAAUUAAAAAAAAAAAAAAAAAAAAAAAAAAAAAAAAAAACCUUAAGAGGCCAUGUAAAUGAAUAAGGUCUUGAGGAUAGGCGCAGUUUCGAGGAUUGGUUAUAUAUUCUUUGAUUUUAUUCACACUCAUCACUAUAGCAUUGUUGUACUUAUUUGAGGCCCACUUUUCAUGAUCACAUUGUCAUAAUCUUCCCCACAGUUAUUUAGCUUUGACUUAUUAUAAUUGCUUGGAAAAAGUUCAACGACUGGCUACAUAGGUAACAUCAACUCUCUUCGGGCAUCAUUUUCUAUUUAAUUACUAGGGGAGUUAUUUGAUACUUUGGUAGCAUACGAGGCUUGAUAUGCGGUCACUCGAACACGAUACAUUUUUAGAUGUCCAAUGAAUGCCCACCACCAAUCUCGGAUGAGCAUUGAGUCAUCGCAACUCGAAUGAACAUUGAGUUGAGGUUUUGGGCUUUCAAACUAUGGUUUGGACAAGUUAGAAUUUAUCGUAUGCUAGCUACUAGGGCU